GGAUAUGACGUUUAAGAAAGGGCAAAGCAGAAGCGGAACGUUGGAUUCCAUUUGUGUCAAAAUAUUUGUAUUCAAUGCUAAUUAAACUUGCUGUAAUUUUAAGUAUUUUGUAAAUUGACUACUCAUAAAUAUUAUUGACCUUCUACAUAGUGCUCUUGCAAGCUGGAAUUCGUGAACGAGCGAAACGAAGCCACUCCUCUGGUACUGUAAACAUAUGUCACAUGACUGCAAGCGGACGCGGACUCAAAGUAAUCUUAGUACAAGAUGGCAGCGCUGUCGGGAGGAGGCGAUUCAGGUAAUGGAACUGAUCAGGUACUAGAACUGGGAAGAACAUUACUGACAGAUUUCAUCUACGAGCGGGUUCUUCGCCAUGCUGACAGCAGUACUCAGUUGUCAGUGUCACGGACCCAGUUGGGCGGGAGUGAGCUGUGUGACCCCAACCACAAGAAACUGGCCCUGUGCCUGCAGCAGAUUGGAGAUGAGCUGGAUGGCAAUACACAACUCCAAAGUAUGUUAAAUGAUACUGCACUCCAGCCCAGCCAUGAUGUUUUUAUGAGAGUGGCCCGUGAGAUCUUCUCUGAUGGAAAGUUCAACUGGGGCAGGGUGGUGGCACUUUUCUACUUUGCCUGUCGGCUGGUCAUCAAGGCUCUGUUGACCAAGGUCCCCGACAUCAUCAGAACCAUUAUCAGCUGGGCUACAGACUACCUGCGAGAUCAUGUGAUCAACUGGAUUAGGGAUCAGGGUGGCUGGGAGGGAAUCCGUUCCUACUUUGGCACUCCCACCUGGCAGACCGUGGGGGUGUUCCUCGCUGGAGUUCUUACUACUGUGCUGGUCAUCCGCAAGAUGUGAGGGGGAGGAGAGCCUGAGAGAAAGGACAAAGGGGGGGGGGGACAUAAGACUGGGGGGGAAACUGGGUAGUAGAGGUAGACAUGUGGGGGUAAAUGGGAACUGUUUCGGGGGAAGGAAAAGGUGAGGAAAAAUAGUUGGGGAUGGAAAAGCAGCAAUGUUUGGACCACUCCUCUUUCCCACCCUCCAUCCAUCAAUGGCAAAGGAUUGAGUCAGAUUCAAGGUUUUUCUUGCCUCUGUUCCCUACGCUGAAAUAUGUGAGCAGCUCUUGACCGCACACACAGGAGAGAAGGAUGGAAAGAGAUGUGUAGAGACUCGGCCAGGGCACAUCUUUUAAUUAAUUUAUUUUUUUAUUUCUUGCAAACAAACAAGUCGCUGCAUGACAUUUUGUUGCUUAAGUCUAAUGAUAUUCCCCCCCAGGUCUUAAGCAUGAGAAUCUCCUAUGCUUUCCUCCUGUGCUUUAUUUCUGUUGCACUUUUCUUCCAUUGAGUCUCCUUUUUCCUAUCUGAUCAUUCUCCCUCCCUCCAUGUUAUCUCUUUGCUGGAGUAUGCAUUUUGGGGUGUGUGUCUGAUUAUUUACGCGUGAUCAUAGGAUCAACAGAUGUGUGUGCGCAUUUCUACUGCAGACACACAGCACUGUCCUUCUCUCACAGAUGUUUACCUCUCUCUCAGCAUAGUGUUCAAAGUACUGUAUUUUAUGGUGGGCUAUUUAAAAGCAGACCAUACCAUAAUCCUUCAAUCAAAUGCUCUUUUUAUACACCUUGUUAAUGUGUUCAAAUAAGGAAACUUUCUUAUUUCUUUUAAGUUGUCAGUGCCUUGGUCCUUUUUUCUUUUCUACAAUAAAUUGCUUUGAUAUUCACCUUUUUUCACUUUUUCUAUCUCUUUUGUAAAACUCUUGUCCCCCAAAACAAUCUUUUUGCAGUGACACUUGUUUGUUUUUUUUGUAUGUUGUAAUAUGAACAUAAAAUAAAAAUGUUUUAUGGAUUGCGAUCCUUAUUAAGUUGUGACAAGA